AUGGAGUUCCUUAGACAGCAGGACCCGAAUCGAUAUUGGGCGGCCAAGUUGGUCGGUUUUAGCCGAAUUGGGGGCAAAUGGAGCAUGACCGGAGAAGCCCCGGCAAUACCUACAUCAGAACCGAUUGUGCAACCCACAGCACAACCACCCACUUCCGUUCCGACUUCCUCAACAACUCCACCAGAAUGGGAAUUUUCCUCGACGACCGCACCAUCGGAACCUUCGAAACCCUCCCCGAUUCGCCAAGAAACCGAAUCAAUGGAUAUUGACCCCAUCUCCGCCUAUUACGGCUCUGACCCAGGGGAAGGUGAGGGAAAAAGGAGCGAGGAGCCGACGAGCCAGGAGGGAGGAGAUGAACCAGAGAGAACGCCGGCAGCGGAGCCCAUCCCUCAAGAAAGGGCGAGGGAAGAGAUAGAUCUGAAUGAAACGGCCAGAAAGCAAGGCCUUAUGACGGAUGAGGAGUUUGAGGCGCUGUUGAAGGAGGUAACCCGUGAGGAAGAAGAAGAUGCAUCGGAGGCAGUAAGAGAGGGUGGAGAAGCUAGUACAAGGAACGACCCAGAAGGCCUAGCCCAUCAGCCAGAAGAAGAGGUGGAAGAGAGGCAAACCGGAGAACGAGUACCACAGUCAGUGACUCCCCAGCCAGACGCAGGGGAGAGUGAUGUGCACAUUGAUCAGGAGGAGACCGUGGUACGAACAGAGGAGCCUGAACCAGUGGCACCUCCAGUGUUGAAACCGAAAGCAGUCAAAAGAAAAUUGGUGUUGAGGGACGAUCCCAAGGCAGUACGACCAAAGCCGAAGAGAGUAUCGCAGAGAUGCCUAGGAAAAUGGACAUCCAGCAAGACGAAGGCGAACACAGCAGCCGAUCCAGUUGAAGUUUUAAGCGACGAAGAAAGGGUGACUCCCACAAAACCUGGGGAUGAAUCUUUUCCAGCUACUAACUUGGAAGAUGCAUCGACGGCAGCUGAAGUGGUCUCCACAACGCCAAGUGACCAGAGAGAUGAGACUGAGCAGAUGGCUGAGGGUCUGGACCUCGCAUCUGAGUCAGUAGGUCACGUCGAGCCAAGAGAUGAUAGUACACAUAUCCACGUGGAGACCCGCCCUACUGCCCAGGACAAGCCUUCAACACAAGCAGAGAAGAAACCAGAAGAGGAUGAAGACAAAGAGUAG